GAGAGAGAGAGGAUUUACACAGGUCACUCAAACUACGCGACAGUGGGAUAUUUGUGAUUUCAACCCAAAAAAACUCACAUCCCUUCCACUUUAACGUACCUAGUUUAAUCAUGGAUGCUACAAUUUUUCAAAUCUUCAUCGGCGAGUUCGGCGACCCCAACUGCAGUCUCGUGGAUGCCUUUCAAGAGACUUUUUUUGAGAAUACAUCAUUUUCUUUAAUGGAUUUUGAUGGUCUCUAUUGCAAUGCCACGACUGAUGAGAUUGGAACUUGCUGGCCGAGGACUAACACGGGUCGAAUCGUGGAAAGACCGUGUCCAGAGUACAUCAAUGGGGUCAAAUACAACACCACGAGGAAUGCAUACAGAGAAUGCAUGGACAAUGGAACGUGGGCCCUCAAGAGUAAUUAUUCCAAUUGUGAACCCAUCUUAGAGGAAAAGAGGAAAUACCCGAUGCAUUACAAGAUUGCCCUUAUCAUAAACUACUUAGGCCACUGUAUAUCUGUGGGAGCUCUAGUUGUGGCCUUCAUACUGUUCCUAUGCUUGAGGAGCAUUAGAUGCCUUCGUAAUAUAAUCCACUGGAACCUGAUCACCACUUUCAUUUUAAGGAACGUUAUGUGGUUUCUGCUUCAGUUGAUUGACCACAAUAUUCAUGAGAGCAAUGAGCCCUGGUGUCGCCUUAUUACGACAAUAUACAAUUACUUUGUGGUGACCAAUUUCUUUUGGAUGUUUGUGGAAGGAUGCUACCUUCACACGGCUAUUGUGAUGACGUAUUCCACAGACAAGCUUAGAAAAUGGGUGUUCCUUUUCAUCGGGUGGUGCAUUCCUUGUCCAAUUAUCGUGGCCUGGGCUAUAGGAAAGCUUUAUAAUGAAAAUGAACAAUGCUGGUUUGGAAAAGAACCUGGAAAGUAUAUAGACUACAUUUAUCAAGGACCAGUAAUUCUUGUGCUUUUGAUAAAUUUUGUUUUCCUGUUCAACAUUGUGAGGAUUCUUAUGACCAAGCUGAGAGCCUCUACGACCUCUGAAACAAUACAGUACAGAAAAGCAGUUAAAGCCACCUUAGUUUUGCUGCCCCUGUUGGGCAUCACCUACAUGCUGUUCUUUGUGAAUCCAGGAGAAGAUGACAUCUCCCAAAUAGUAUUUAUUUACUUCAAUUCUUUUCUCCAGUCUUUUCAGGGCUUCUUUGUGUCAGUAUUUUACUGCUUCCUUAAUGGGGAGGUCCGCUCAGCGGCCAGGAAGAGGUGGCAUCGCUGGCAGGACAACCACGCGCUGCGGGUUCGAGUGGCCCGGGCUAUGUCCAUCCCCACCUCCCCCACGCGGAUCAGCUUCCACAGCAUAAAGCAGACCACGGCGGUGUGACCUGCAGAGCGCUCCCGCGGAGCGCUGCGUGAGACGGCGCCGUCACCCCAUCCCCAUUUUACGAUGACACGGCGUGGGAUGGCCGGCUAUUCGCUUCGAACACAUAACAAUUUUGUGCAGAUGAGCCAGGCAAACUUUUUCGCACAAACGGACUAAGCUAAACUGAGGUGAGAGGCAGCAGUUCAGAUGGAAACAACAGCAGUUCUGCCACACUCUGCCCGACCCAUUCCAUGUCAGAAUCCUUUCAGCGGUGGGCGUUUCAAUGUCGCAAAAGCAGGAUUCCAGCACAGAUAUUCAAUUCACAGACCAGACAUUCUGUUCCUUUGGGUCUCAAUGCUUCCAUGUCAAGAGGGUUCUCGCUGGUAUUAGCUGGUUCUGUCCUAGUUUUGGAGGUUGCGUUCAUUAUUGUGCCUCUUCAUGGAUAUGCAUAAUGAACCGGCCAAUCAGAAAACAUUUAGGCUCAACAAGUGCAGACAGAAGUAAGGUGCAUGGAGCUGUAUAUCUGGUCAGUAAAUAGAACAUCUGUUGGUCCAGACCUUCUCUAUGAAAGGUUCAGAAGUCUAAAUACAUCUCUGUGCAUAGCACAGAACUGGAGAUUGAUGACUGAUGUCCUUUUAACAGACUACAUGGAGUGUAAACUGCCAAAGGAGUGUACAUUUUGGAAAGAUUGAGAUUAAUGACGAGUGGAAGCUCACAAGAGUCAAAUUGAAUAACUUUCCCAUG